UGCAGUGAGCUGUUCUGUGUUUGUGUCUCUGUAUUCAAGCAGUAAAAUGGCAGAAGCCAGAAUUACUCAGGCUGAGUUCUUGUGUCCAAUGUGUCAGGAUCUCCUGAAGGAUCCAGUGACCAUCCAGUGUGGACACAGUUACUGUGAGAGCUGUAUUACAGACUGCUGGGAUCAGGAGGAUCAGAUGAGAGUCUACAGCUGCCCUCAGUGCAGACAGACCUUCAGUCCAAGACCUGCUUUAGCUGAGAACACCAUGCUGGCUGAAGUGGUGGAGAAACUGAAGAAGACCAAACUUUCUGCUGACUGUGACGCUGGAGCUGGAGAUGUGCUGUGUGAUGUCUGUAUUGGAAGAAAAUACAAAGCUGUCAAGUCCUGUCUGAUGUGUCUGAACUCUUACUGUCAGAAUCACCUUGAGGAACAUGAGAGUUGGUUUAUAGGAAAGAGACAUAAUUUGACUGAUGCCACUGGACGACUGCAGGAGAUGAUCUGCCAGAAACAUGAGAAGCUCCUUGAGGUCUUCUGUCGCACUGACCAGAAAUGUAUAUGUGUGCUGUGUACGAUGGAUGAGCAUAAAAACCACGACACUGUAUCAGCUGCAGCACAGAAGACAGAGAAACAGAAGCAGCUGAAGGAGACGCAGAAGAUGUUCCAGCAGAGAAUCCAGCAGAGAGAGAAAGAUCUUAAGCGGCUGAGAGAAGCUGUGGAGUCUCAUAAGCCCUCUGCACAGACAGCAGUGGAGGACAGUGAGAGGAUCUUUACGGAGCUCAUUCGCUCAUCCAUUGAGAGAAGCUGCUCUGAGCUGAUACAGCUGAUCAGAGGUCAGGAAAAGGCUGCAGUGAGUCGAGCUGAAGGACGACUGGAGCGACUGGAGCAGGAGAUCAAUGAUCUGAGGAGGAGAGACGCUGAGCUGGAGCAGCUUUCACACACACAGGAUCACAUCCAGUUCCUGCAGAGUUUCCAGUCUCUCUCAGCACCUCCUGAAUCUACAGAUGGAAAUGACGAUCUCUUCAGUUCUCUCUUCUCUUUUGAUGAUCUGAGAGAAUCUGUCCAUCAGCUGAGAGACAAACUGGAGGAUUUCUGCAAAGAGGAGCUCAAGACGAUCUCAGACAGAGUCACAUUCACCAACAUUGUUCUGUGGAGCAGGAACGACUUUCUACAAUAUUCCCAUCAGCUCACUCUGGAUCUGAACACUGUGAAUGAACGCCUCCUUCUGUCUGAGAACAACAGAGUGAUUACUGUCACUGACACAGAGCAGUCGUAUCCUGAUCAUCCAGAAAGAUUUGAUUAUUAUUCUCAGGUGUUGUGUAGAGAGAGUGUGUGUAGACGCUGUUAUUGGGAGCUGGAGUGGAGUGAAUGUGUGUGUAUAUCAGUGUCAUAUAAGAGCAUCAGCAGGAAGGGACGGGGUGAUGAGCGUGUAUUUGGAUUUAAUGAUCAGUCCUGGAGUUUGUUCUGCUGUACCUCCAGUUACUCAUUCAGACACAAUAACAUACGGACUGAUCUCUCUGUGAAGCCCAUCAGCAGUAGAAUAGGAGUGUUUGUGGAUCACAGUGCAGGAACUCUGUCCUUCUACAGCGUCUCUGACACAAUGAGCCUCAUCCACACAGUCCAGACCACAUUCACUCAGCCACUCUAUGCUGGGUUUACUGUUUUUUCUGGAUCAUCAGCGAAACUGUGUUGAUGAAUCAGAAUAGAUUGAUGAGAGAUUCUACCCAUAAUGCUUUGAGCUGCAUGAUGAAACAGUAACAGUGAGAUGUUAUAGAGUCUCUUCUUUUCUCUACAUGACAUUAAUACUGCAUCUGAACUUCUAUCAGUGAAAUAAUGUUACCAUAUUCUAAGGUAUGUUAUUCCUGAUAACAACUAAAGUAAAACUAAUAACACAGACUCAUCUGGGUAACUCUCGUUUCAUACAAACGGAGCUGCUAAAAUGAUUUUGUACACUGUAAUGGAUUAUAAGAUAACUAACAAACUGGUAAGAUUUUAAAACCGUUUCAUCUUAAAUCAAUUUCUUUUAGUGGCAUAAUUAUUUAUGUGGUGAAAUGUUGUGUAAUAAGUGGUAUGACUGCACCGUAUCCUGUAAAUGUCCCUCUAGUUUGAACUUGCCGCUUGCUAGCAACUACUUUGUUCAUAGAAGCUUUGUGUUAAAAUAUUACAACUCAGAUCAGUGUUUCGUGUCUAAUUAUUUACUUUUGUGGUAAGCAGCCGUGUAAUAAGCAGGAUAAUGUACAUCCAGCCAGUUGUUAUCGCAGGCUUUAUUCUGUGAUAACAACGAGCUGGAUGUACAUUAUCCCAGUGGCGUUCCGUCCAUAUAAGCUGCGAAUGCUCCCAGUUCACGGGCUAAUUAAUAUAAACAUGAUUAUAAGUUGAUCCCUUGUUAUUUGAGAUGUAACUUAAAGCUUAAUAAAGUGCUGGGAAUAAGUAUGUAAAAUUAUUUAUUUACAAAAAAUAAAUAAAUAAAA